AUGGGUAACAGCUUAAGGUGUUGUUUGGCUUGUGUUCUUCCAUGUGGAGCUUUAGACUUGAUUCGCAUAGUCCAUUUAAACGGCAACGUAGAAGUGAUUACACGUCCAAUCACAGCAGGGGAGGUUCUCAAGGCCAACCCCAACCAUGUCCUAAGCAAACCAACCUCCCAAGGAGUUGUUCGCCGGAUUCUCAUCCUCUCGCCGGAGACUGAGCUCAAGAGAGGCAGCAUAUACUUCUUGAUCCCGUCGUCGUCCUUGCCGGAGAAGAAAAGGCGCGUGAAUGGCAGCGUCGGUGAUAAUGACGAUCUUAGAAAGAAAGCGUCCUCAAAGAAGAGCAAGAAGUGCAACCAUGAUCUCUCAUCAUCGCGGGAAUGUGAUGGUUACCUUACCGUCACUGACGUGGCCUCUAAGGAGAAGAAAUGCUCACGGCGAGAUCGCCGGCACGGCCGCGUCGGAGUGUGGCGGCCUUAUUUGGAGAGCAUCUCUGAAGAUUUGAAUUAG